AUGGUCAUGAUUCAAGCUUGGCCGCCCCAUCUAGCUCUAGCUCCCAUCGCUCAAGCUGAUCCACCAUACAUGCCGUUCAGAGAUGCGGGUUACAGUCAAGCCGACUUCAUGUUGAGCAUUCAAGACGUCGUUUACGGUGUGUGGAGAGCCAAGGAGCAAGGGCUUUGCGAGCUUAAGAGCUUCAAUCUGGAAGACUAUGAACGAUUUGAAAGAGUAGACCAAGGCGACUUCAACUGGGUGUCACCUGAUUUCCUGGCCUUUGCUUCACCACAAUCGCACCAGAUCGCUCCCAUUCCCAUCACAUCCUCUGAAUAUUCGAACCUGCCUUCUUGCGUCGCAGAGAUUCCAUCGGCGGAUAUCUCUCAGCCCUUCAAGAACGUAUUGACACACUUCGUGGAAAGAGACAUUGGCUUGGUAGUCAGGCUGAAUUCAGAGCUCUACUGCCCCACGUACUUCACAGCUCUGGGCAUUCAGCACAUUGAUAUGAUCUUUGAGGAUGGCACCUGCCCAGCUCUGCCUGUCGUCAAGAAAUUCAUUAGGCUCGCUCACAACAUGAUUCAGAAAAAGAAGGGAAUUGCAGUUCAUUGCAAGGCAGGUCUAGGUCGAACAGGAUGUCUAAUUGGAGCUUAUCUCAUCUACCGCUUCGGCUUCACUGCCAACGAGGUCAUUGCUUACAUGCGAUUCAUGCGACCGGGUAUGGUUGUUGGUCCACAGCAGCAUUGGCUACAUCUCAACCAAGGUCAAUUCAGAGAAUGGUACAUUGAGGAUCAGCUCAAGGCUAAGCUCGAGCUUGCUAGGCCAUCCACGCCUGUCAAGAUGACAGCCAAGACACCCAUGCGACACACCAGCACUGGACAGGUUGCUACUCCACCUAAUAAGUCGAGUGCGGUGAGAGCGGCCUUGGGUGAGAUUGACGGUAACGACGUGCAGACUUCUCACUACCAGGAUGAAAACCUGCCUGCGCCAACACCUGGUCAGCCGCGGAAGUACGCCAGGAUGGAUGCCAGAAAUCAUCCUUAUGCGAGAUCGGCUUCUGGCAACAUCGGUGGCAGUCCUCGGCGCAGUGUCUCUCACACCAUUACCACCACUACCGAAACGGUCAGCAUAUUCGAGGACGAUGCUCCUGCCCCAGCCUCACCGGUUCGCGUUACCAAAACUCGCAGCCCGAGCAGGCGUAGCGGGGGUGAAGAGAAGUCGAAGAUUCGCAAAACCUCAGGGCGGGUGGCCAGUGUCAGGGGUGCGCGGGAAGUAUAG